CGAAAAGCAUUGAUGAAAGAACAAUUUCUUCUUCUUUUUCUUUUCAAUUGCCAAAAUAAAGUUUUUGCGACCAGUUUACAAAUCCAAAUUAUCGAGAAAGUGUAUAGUUGUUACUGAUAAAUAGAAACUUGUGCGGGAAUAAUGAAAUAUGUAAAUGCUUGAUGCCUAGUUAAUAUUUGACGCUGUUGACAUUCUUAUCGACCAAAAGUCAGUUUUGAUGCCACAAUCCGUCAUUCAAGAUUGGCCAAUUGUAAACAUCAUUAUUGAGUGAUUGAUCUAAAAACAAUAAAUUUCAAAUAGUUCAUUUCGAUUUGAUUUUAUAUUUUACGUGAAACCACAAAUUGAGAAAAUUCUUUCAAAGUCAAAUUAUUUGAUCGUUGAACAUAAAUUCUCUACCAAUAUCGGUUUUAUUUUUCGGAUUAAUAAACCGCUCAGUAGCUGUGCUGUUGUCGGCCAUAUUAGUUUUUGGUUUGUGUUUGUGUUAGUGAAUUGUUUCAUUGUAUUGUAUCGUUCGCAUCGUUCACUAGUGUCGCUUCGUCGCUACCAUUAUAUGAGAACCCCAUUUUAUUUGGAGUUAGCUUGUUGUGAAGUCGAACGUAUAUUUCUUAAAUCUGCCAUUCACAAAAACAACAAAUACAACAACAACAACUACAACAACAACAACCAAAACGACACUGAUUACUUCAUAUUGAAUAAAUUGUUAUAAAUUUACGGGAAACAAAUUCAAAACGAAAUAAAAUAAAAUAAAUAGAAAUCCAUAAAAAUGGAUGAGCGUGAUAUGCAAUUGGAAGCAAAUUUUCAAACUCAACUACUUACACAAGAAGCUCGUGAACGAUUUCAUUCCUCGAGCGAAGAAUCUCUUGGAUCAGAACAAGAAGCAGAAGCAGAACGUGAACUGCAACGGCACACAACGAUGGAAAUUGAAUAUGCGGACCCAGACGAUGAAGAAAUACAUAAUUCAUCGUCAUCUCAAGUACAAACAGUACGCAAGCGACGCGGAAAUUUACCAGCACAUUCGGUAAAAAUUUUAAAACGAUGGCUAUACGAGCAUCGUUAUAAUGCCUAUCCGAGCGAUGCGGAGAAAAUAGACUUGUCACAUGAGGCCAAUUUAACAGUUUUACAAGUAUGUAAUUGGUUCAUUAAUGCGCGUCGUCGAAUUUUACCCGAGAUGAUACGACGAGAAGGGAACGAUCCAAUGCAUUUUACGAUAUCGCGACGAGGUAAAAAAUUGGCCAAUGCAUCUGCACAAAACACAUCUGUCACGAGCGUUAACAAUCUAUCAAAUCAACUAGUUGGUAGUCCAGUUGAAGAAGUUAUUGUCGGUGCCACGGAAGAAGUUGAAGAUGAGGAGAUUAUUGAACAUGAUGAAUCUACAGUAACACUGAGCGGCCAUUAUUUGCAAAUGCCUGAUGGUACACUGGUCAAAGCCGAAGCAGACACCGAAAUCGAUUUCGAAGAUAACAUCAUUUACAGAUCGGAAGACGAAAGCGCCAACGAAUACGAAGCGUGUACCAGUCCAACUGAGGAAGUCGAUUCGAAUAGCGGUUGGCAAGAAGUGAUCAGUAGUGAAGAGGUAACCACAAGCCCAGUAACAACAACAGAAUAUUGGAAUGCAGCACCACAUCCACAGUUAGCUCAUUUACCGCAACUGCCGCACCCACUUAACACAAAAGUGGUGACAACAACAACAACAGUACCACCACAAACUGUGAAGAAAGUUCCAACGACGCAAACCACAAAAAUCGUUCCAAUCGGCUUGUCACGUGUUCAAGUGGUACCAGCAAAUGCAACGCCGAAAUUUCAAACGAAAUUAGGCGAAACGCAAAUUGUGAGGACGACCGGACAAAAGAAUAAUAACAACAAAUCGUUGGGUACAGCAACGAUAACAACGACAACAACAUCACCGGGCGGACAUAUUGUUAAAGUGAAACUAUUGAAAUUGAAUUCUGGGAUGGGCAUCAUCACCAAAAAUGAGCCGAAUUCCACACAACAAUAAAAAUUGUUAAAAAAAUGAUGUGGAUGAUCGCCUAAAAAUACCGUAAUCACGCGCAUAUGUAGCCAAUAAAUGAAAUAUGAAUGAAAUGUGAAAUGAACAAUUACAAACCAAAAUACCAAACUCAAUUUAAUGAACAGUAAGCUCACACACACACAUACAUACACACACACACACACACUGCAAAAGCCAAACCGUUGCAAAAACUAGAUUUGUGCACUGAAAGUAAUAGAGUGCAAAAAAGAGAGAAAGAAAGAGAGAGAGAGAGUGAAAAGUGCGAGGACCAUGCAUCUUCAAAAACAAAUUAAUAAAAUAAAUUGCAAAUUGCAUUUAUGACCAAAAUUAUUUCGCAAAAACUUCCCGAACUACACGUCAAGCAAAAUACAGAGCAAAACAGUACAGUACAGAAAUGAAAACAUACCCAUUCGAGAUUGAAUUAAUUGUACGUGUAUGUUGUAGCCUUUAGAUUCCAUUAGGAUAGAAAGACAGAAAUUUAUAAAUAAAAAAAGAAAAGAAUAUUCAAAAGCGAAAAUAAAACAAGAAAUAACACAGUAACAUGCAUUGUUGGUGGUGGUAUAAUGCUCCGUGUCCCAAACGAAAUGAGACCAGAACCACGAAUCAAUAUGACAAUUAACCAGACGAACUUCAACGCAAACACACGGUAAUUCCAACUCAUCAGCGACAACAAGAAAUGAACACAAAACAUCAUCGUAAAGUCUUUUUUUUAUCUAAUCUUUGUUUUUUUUUUACUUAGAAUUCAAGCCAAUCAAUUCGAUGAAAAAACUCAUCGUUGAUUAUUCGUUUUCUAUUUUUGACAUUUUAUUUUGAAACCACAAAUCUAUAGAUUGAAGCAAAUUAAGUGCAAACGCAAACUUUUUUCCCAUGUGUUUAAUUUAAAUAGGAGAUCAAUUCAAUUCUGAAUUUAAAUUAAAUCUGCAAGAAAAGAUAAAAUUUACGGUUGCGAAAAUGGAUAUAAUUGCAAAAGAAUUCAUUCAAAUUAUUUGUACUUUUAUAAAUAGUUGUAGCGGUUAAAUUAUUAUAUUCAUACUAAAAUAGAAAAGGUAAAAAAAACUUGGCUGGUCCGUAAGAUGUGCCCAUCCUAGUUUAAAAAGAAAUGAGAGAAAAGAACCACUUAAACUUUCCGUUUUUAAUAAGUUGAAUUUACUGAUUCCACAUCCUCUUACAAAAAAAAAUGUUAACAACACCCAUGUAUGAAGAUGAUCGAUUCGCUCGGUCAGAAAGACCAUAAUAAUCUUACCCGUUUCCGAUUUCAGAAUUGAAGUAAAUUCGAGCGUUGAAACUUAUUUAAUCUCACAAUCUUGUGCUCUUUCAUUCUGAUCGAUCGAAUCGAUUCAAUAUGUGGUCGAUGAUCAGCUACAAGAUUAGGCGGUUUUUGUUUCACUUAUUUCUUCUUUCUAAUUUUUUGUUUUGUUUUCAAAAAGAAGAGAAAAAAACAUACAAGUAUAUGAUUAAAAUUUUGUUGCUUUCUGAAGAUGGAUCAGAAUGAAAAUCUAUUUUGAGGCUUCUUAAACUCAAACGAUAGAAAUUAUACAUCAACAAAAUUCUUGAACUUGCUUUGUUACAUAUUGAUAGAUUUCUCAAUUUAACAAAUGGAAAAAUUGAAUUACAACAGCCUUGAAAUAUAUUUUAGCUUAAAA